CCACUAUAUAUGCCGCCGCCGGCCAGCACACCGCGCCCUCACUUCUGGUGGGAACAUCAUCCUACAUCAACAACCUCUUUGGUCUCUCUGCUCAACGACACAGCAGCCGCCACCAGCAGAAGCAGCAGCAGCAGCAGCAGCAGCAACCGACAGACAGACAUGAUACCUCUACUCUUCGUCGUGUACGUCGUCGCUGUAAAGGUCUUCAAAAAGACCACCCCUAAUGGCAAGGUCACCGUGUACCUUGGUAAAAGGGACUUCAUCGACCACCUAGACCAUGUGGACCCCAUCGAUGGCAUUGUUGUCGUCGACAAUGACUACCUCAAGGGCAGAAAGGUCUUUGGCCAGCUGACGACGACCUACCGAUAUGGACGAGAGGAGGACGAGGUUAUGGGCCUCAAGUUCACCAAAGAGAUGGUUCUCGCCAAGGAACAAAUUGUACCGCAGCCAAAGGAGAAGAUGGAGCUCACACCAAUCCAGGAGCGCCUCAUGAAGAAGCUGGGCCCGAACGCGUUCCCGUUCACCUUCCACUUCCCGGCGUCGUCGCCGUCCUCCGUGACACUGCAGCCGGGAGACGACGACCAGGGGAAGCCCCUGGGAGUCGAGUACUCAGUCAAGACCUGGGUUGCCGACCACGCCGAGGAGAAGGGCCACAAGCGAUCCGCCGUCACUCUCGCCAUCAAGAAGCUGCAAUACGCGCCACCGACUCGCGGCCGCCGUCUUCCCAGCUCCCUGGUCAGCAAGGGCUUCACCUUCUCCCAGGGCAAGAUCAACCUGGAGGUCACCCUCGACCGCGAGAUCUACUACCACGGCGAGAAGCUCGCAGCCAACAUCAUUAUCAAUAACAACUCCAGGAAGACCGUCAAGAAUAUCAAGGUGUACGUCGUGCAGCACUGCGAGGUGACGAUGGUGAACGCGCAAUUCUCGCGACACGUGGCCAGCUUGGAAACUCGCGAGGGCUGCCCCAUCACGCCCGGCGCCUCCUUCACCAAAGUCUUCUACCUGGUGCCCUGCGCCGCCAGCAACAAGGACCGGUACGGCAUCGCGCUCGACGGAUACCUCAAGGACGACGACGUGAACCUGGCGUCUUCCACACUGGUCAGCGAGGGCAAGAACACCACAGACGCCAUCGGUAUCGUCAUCUCGUACUCCCUGCGCGUCAAGCUCAACUGUGGCACCCUGGGCGGCGAACUCCAGACCGACGUGCCUUUCAAGCUGUUGCACCCAGCUCCAGGCACCGCUGAACGCGAGAAGGCUCAGGCCAUCAAGAAGAUGAAGAGCGUCGAGCGCACGCGCUAUGAGAACUCUUGCUACGCAGCCGACGACGACGACAACAUCGUCUUCGAGGACUUCGCCCGCCUCAGGCUCAACGAGCCCGAAUAAGCGGCGACUUGAUUUCUAGUUAGCACUUCGUACCCCGCAGUCACCGGCGCUAGGCUGGUUCGUCUCCCCUCCCCUGCACAGGUGUUCUCAUCGAUCGCAAGCUCAUCCUCCACUCGCUUCCUCGGAGCACUCUAGUGGAAUCAUCUCAUUCACGAAGACACGCACCUGUCUUGUCACCAUCUUAGGCGGAAGCACGGUAGCAGACUUUUAGCGCACAGAGUUGUAGCUUUACACGAGUAGCUUCAUCUCUGACACAUCCCUCCUCGACGCCAAGAAACGGGAGGAUUCGCCCCUUUGGAACUUGUCUCCUCGGAGGCACUUGAAGAAUGGCGGAAGAAUUCCCGGCUACUGUUACCCACGACAAAAGGAAGCGCUCACGGAACCUUUACGCUCGCGGCGACCUGUUAGCAUUAACAAGCGACAUUUCGACGGCGGGGUACGAUUCCGUACAAAGCAGCAGUAUAACCUAGCGCGAGUGGCCCUUCUGCCGGGCGGAUCCUCCCCUGAAUAAACCUCUGUCUCUUACGCGUAGGCUCCGAACGAGACGCGCCGUGGAGCCCGGUGUGACUGUACUCGGGCUUGUCUUUCAGCGCCCGUCGCCCGGCUGCGCAGAAAAAACUGCUCCGCAAUACUUCAGUAGGAAUAAAGCGAUAAAUAUUCUUUGACACCCCGUCCUGAUAGUAUUCCCUUAAACAGAAGGCAAGUGUCGAGUUGUGGUGGCUUUUGAGCGGUGGUUACCACAAUGAAGCCAUUUGCUUUUUAUCUUCACAGUAGCGUUAUGGGAGAGGCAUAGGAAUUGUAGAAUUACUCCAUCCCGUCCCUUAGACUUGAUGCGGACGCGUCAGCUGUGACGAUACGAAAGCGUCUAACUUCUUGUCAGCCCAACGUCACGCCACGGGUUUCGCGCGACGCCAAGGAAGAAGAAAGGUAAAAUUACCUGAUAGAAAUCGGCAAAAAGGUGUAUGACGCCAACAAAACAAAAAUACCGAAUCGUACGUCAUCGAAAAAAAGGACGGAGCCUAUGUAGUAAAACGCAAUAUAACAUUUCUCAAAAAUUUACAAAAAAAUUGAAAAAUGUCGAAUAAAAUAUUUUGCAAAAAAAAAAAGAGAUUUUUGGCAUACAAUAACGUUUGAGGAAGCUACUGCCAUCUUAGCACCCACUUUACCAACUGCACCUGAGAACAUCGUAGAUGUCUAACGACACAGAAAGAAAAUAAAACGUUAUUUAUGCCCCAAUAAGUGAAACUUUCAAGGUAACUGAAGCGUAACUUAUAAGCAGAGCAGAAUAGUUGGACCACCCAUCCCUUUCAUCUUCAUCAUCAUCAUCGUGAAAUUCUCUCACCAGAAGAGGUAUAGCUCAAGAUGUAAAUAACUAGUUAGCAAGUAGCUGCACUACCUAGGAAACAACACAGACGUUUUGUUUAGUGCAUUUAAUGUUUAUUUCUGACAAAGUUCGUUUCUGAUCUAUAAGUUGAUUAUACGUUCAGUUGUUGGCUUUAAAUUGUGUUUGCCUUGGUUGAGAACUUGAUUUGUAAUCGUUUUGUAUUAUUAUGGGUUGUAAUUGUUUGUGGAGUUUACUGAAUAAAAAAAUGACAUCUGGACGUAAAUAA